UUCGCCAACUUUUUAAUUUCUAAAUCCUUAAACCUAACCUGACCUGAUUUGGAGAAUCAAAUCUCUCAAAUUUGGGGAAGGUUCAGGGAACAAGAAGAAGAUCAACAAGGAUUUUUUGGGGAGCUGAGAUUAAUUUAAUUUAACUUUAAAUGAUUUCUCCUCCUCAAAUUUCUUAAGGUUUUGCAGAAUACAAAGGCGAGCUUCGCUUCGCUUUUCUUUUGAAAUCCAUCCGCUUUUAUUCCUGAUUUCGAAAGAAAAGGAAAAAGCUCGCCUUACGUGGUAAAUUGAGUGAAAUAAUUCAAAAAUCCAAUGGAAGCCCAUUUCGCAAAAUUGGUGCCAGUCCCUCUCAUCCUCCUGAGCCUCUUCCCAAUCAUUGUCUUCUGUUCCUUCACUACAGUUCGAUCCGACCACGAAUCAUCUACGAUGAUUAAUCUCCGGUUGCCCUCAGAUGCCACGUCCGCGGAUCGAUGCAGUGCACAAGUGGAGUCACCCUUGUCCCGCCCCAUGUGUCCGGUAAGCUGCUUUAGACCAGACCCCGUGUGUGGGGUGGACGGGGUGACCUACUGGUGUGGGUGCCAAGAGGCACAAUGUGCCGGUGUUAAAGUGGGAAAAUUAGGGUUUUGUGAAGUGGGCAACGGGGGUUCUGCCCCUCUCUCUGCUCAGGCGCUGCUUCUGGUUCACAUUGUUUGGCUGAUCGUUCUCGGCUUUGCGGUUCUUUUCGGGCUGUUCUGAAUCGAGAACGACCAUUAGUUGAUGAUGAUUUUGCUGGUUUCUUGGAGGUCAAGCAAGCUUCAAUCCUUUUAAUCUUCUUGCAAUGCAGAGACCAUUUAACCGAUCAAUUGAUAUGACCCAGACACACAGAAAAACAAAGAACAUGCGUGUUGUGCAAGAAAGUCGUGAUCUUUUGUAUCUUUAAUUUUUUUUUUUUUUCCUUGAUUAGGUUUAUCUUUGAUACGAAAAAGGCCUCUCUUACAUCAUUGAGUAAUGGGAUU